AUUCCCACAGUAAAACCUUGCAGCAGAGCUCACUGACUGUCAGCUGACAGGCUGGUUCUGCUUGUUGGCUGCUGGUCAAGUGUUUUUCUCUCUGGUAAACAUGGAGCUCUCGGCUUUCCCCAAGUUCCUGUUCGUGGUGUUUGACAGGUUCACUGUGCUGGCCUUGUUCUUUGCUGUGUUUGCCCUGGCCUUUGACUUCAUGAAGAGACGGAAGAAGUGUCAGAACUACCCUCCUGGGCCCUGGGGUUUGCCUUUCAUUGGAAACAUUCUUCACUUCGAUUUGAGCAACCCUCACUUAUCGUUUGCAAAGCUGUGGAAGAAAUACGGCAAUGUGGUCAGUGUACAGUUUGGAUGGACAAACAUAGUGAUACUGAGUGGUUAUGAAACUCUAAAAGAGGCACUGGUGAAGAAAUCAGAGGAUUUUGCUGAUCGGCCACACUUUCCAGUAUAUGAAGAUUUGUUUAAACUCAUGGGAGAAGGUAUUAUCUUUGCAAGAUAUGGCCAUUGGUGGAGAGAGCAGAGAAGAUUUUCACUUUUGACACUGAGAAAUUUUGGGCUUGGGAAGAAAUCUCUGGAGAUGAGAAUCAUGGAAGAAGCUGGAUUUUUAAACAAAAAAUUUGAACGUGCAAAGGGUGCCCCCUUUGAUCCACACUUCAGUAUAAGCAAUGCAACUUCAAAUAUUAUCUGCUCAAUCAUCUUUGGAGAACGGUUUGAAUAUGAAGAUAAAAAAUUCCUUGAAUUUCUUCACAUAAUCAGGGAAAAUUUUUCCUUGGAAGGUGGAUUUUGGGGCCAGCUGCUGAAUCUGUUCCCCUGUAUUCGUCACCUCCCAGGUCCGCACAAUAAAAUAUUCAAAAAUCAUCUGCUGAUUAUCCAAUUCGUACAGAAAAUAGUCUUGGAGCAUAAAAAAUCAUGGGAUCCCAAUGAGCCUGGGGACUUCAUUGAUGCUUUCUUAGCAAAGCAGGAGAAGAUGAAGGGCGAUCCCAAGACAAGUUUUCUGGAAAUCAAUUUGUUAGGGACGGUUAUUGAUCUCUUUGCGGCUGGUACAGAGACCACCUCCACCACCCUACGCUGGGCCCUGCUCUUCAUGGUGCUGCAUCCAGAUCUGCAGUUUAAAGUCCAUGAAGAGAUUGACAGAGUAGUUGGGAAGGAGAGAAAGACAGCGUUGGAAGACCGUGAGGAAAUGCCAUACACUAAUGCUGUUAUCCAUGAAACCCAACGCUUAGGGAAUAUUGCUCCGAUUUCACUUCCUCAUCAAACAUAUAGAGAUACAGAGGUCAUGGCAUACAGAAUCCCUAAGGGAACAAUGAUCAUUCCAAAUCUUUCCUCCACCAUGUUUGAUGAGAACAUUUGGUCGACUCCACAUCAGUUUAAUCCGGGUCACUUCCUCAACUCGGAGGGGAAGUUUGUGAAACCUGAAGCUUUCAUUCCAUUCUCUGCAGGUCGCCGUGUGUGCCUGGGGGAGCAGCUGGCAAAGACCGAACUCUUCCUGUUCUUCACGUCCAUGCUCCAGCAGUUCACAUUCCAUCUCCCAGAAAAUGAACCAAGACCAAGCUACACAGAAGCCCAAUAUGGAAUUACCCUUAGUCCACUUCCUUAUCGACUGUGUGUUAAGCUCAGAUAAUGUGUAUUGAGGAUGUUCAGGAGCAGUGAGGAGAAAUGCACCCAUGUGAAGAGUCUAUUUUUUAUUUUCUUGGGCUGUGGCUUUAAAAAUUGGGCUGUGACUUUAAAAAAAAUAUAGCGGCUGCAGUUGAAAGACAUGAUCACUGGAAUAGGUUGAGGAAUAUCUACAAUGUUGCUAUCCUGGAACAUGGAGUGCCAUAAGAGAACAGGAUGGUGCCGGAAAAGAGUUCUGGACUAAGGGGAGCUGCCCGAUGACAGCAUUUUAAGAGGCUGCUGACCAGAGUUCUGUGUGGCAACAGUGUAGGCAGAGCAGCUCCUAUCUUGCAAAGAGGGAAGACCUGAAACCUCUCUCUGUAUUUGUAAAAUUCCAGCAAUUCUGCUAUAAUAGCUAGCUGGCUAUCCUUCAUAUCUCUGUAACCUGCUUUCUCUGAAAACCCCUAUCAAGAGGAAAAGGGGAAAAAUCACCAGUAGAGACAUUGAAAAGCAAACUUUUUGACCAGUGAACUACAGACUGAAAGUGCCGGGAAACCACCUUGUGUCACCGACAACAAACUGCAAGGAAUUUGGAAGACAUCAAUCAAAAUCAACCCAUCUAAUUCUAUACUUUGAAUUGGUGCUGUUGAACUGUUUUAUCUCACCCUUAAAAUCCAUGUUUUGUGUGUUUUAUGUGUGUGUGUUUGUGUGUAGGGGUUUAUAAGAAUGGGUAGAGUUUAAGUUAUAGAGUUAGAAGUUUGCAGUUCAUA